AUGCCGGCCAUGCUUGACGAUCCGACCGCGCCCGUCAUUGUCCGCACGUCUGGUCAAGUCUGCUACCCUACGCCGGGCGGCCCGCUCCCUGUCGGCAUCGCGCCCAUCCAAGUGACACUGCGUGACCGAGUGACUCUGGCCACCAUCAUCCCUUUCUCUGCCCCAAACCAGGUGCCUCGGUCCCUGCUGGCCUACCUGUGCGACCAGCUGGGCCGUGAAAUUGAAAAGGGCGAUACCUACCCCAUGGUCGAGCCGCUGCCGCUCGACAGCUUCGGCCCGUACUGGUUCGGCGUCUUUGGCGCCAUUGUGCUGCUGGGCGAGAUCCAGCAUGGGCGCGAGCUGCACGACAUGGCACGCACUGGCUGUGAUUGGGAGCGCGAGUGUCUGGGAAGCUUCUACAUCAAGCCAAACUACCCUGGCCGCUCCAGCCACGUCUGCAACGGGGGCUUCUUGGUCACGGAUGCCUCGCGGAAUCGAGGCGUUGGCCGCUUGAUGGGCGAGACGUAUCUGGACUGGGCCCCCAAACUCGGCUACACGUACUCGGUCUUCAACCUCGUCUACGAGACCAACCUAGCCUCGUGUCGCAUAUGGGACGCCUUGGGCUUCAAGCGCAUCGGCCGUGUCAAGGGUUGUGGCAACCUCAAGUCGUACCCAGGCGAGCUUGUGGAUGCCAUCAUCUACGGCCGUGAUCUGGGCCAGGACGAUGACCUUGUGUCGGAAGAACGCUUCGACAAGAUACGCUUCUAUCUGAAAAACGGAAAAUACCCAAAUGGUGCUGACAGAGCCGAGAAGAGUCGUCUGCGCAGUGCAGCCACGCACUACAAGCUGACACCAGCCACCGAAGACGAGCCAGAGAAGCUGUGGCUCAAAGGCAAAGAGGUCAUCUCCGAUGCCCAGCGACAAUACGAGAUUGCGCGAGACGUCCACCACAAGUCCCACGGCGGCAUCAACAAAACCACAGCCGCAAUUGCCGAGCUCUAUCACUGGGUGCGCAUCAAGGAGACUGUCAGCCAAGUCAUUCGCAACUGCCCCGAGUGCAGUGAGAUGAACAAAGGCCUGUCCGCCAUGCGGGCAAACCAGUCGCGUUCGUCACAAACCACCAGUGGACAACGACAGUAUUCACCACCUGCUAACGACCAACACAUUUCUCCGCCAGCUACCAACCACUUCUCACAGCACCAAGCCACUGAUCCUGCAGACUCGCCCAGCUACCCACCUCAAGUCGAACUAACGCAACACCCACAACCAUCGCCACAACCACAGCAGCCUACCUAUCCUCAGUACCCCAACGACACGUACGACAUGCCCCUCGAUCCAGCUCUCGUGCGGGGCGUUCAACAUCUGGCAGAUCUUCCACCGAGUCCGUUCCUCGCCGCUCAGGGUCAGAGUGGAGAUAGUCACUUGGGCGGGUUGGACCUGCCGGAUGCACCUGAAUCCUACCGCCGUACGAGUGGGCCGCAGCGGCGAGCGCCAACUGCAAGGGCAGAGAUGAGGCGGAGGUUGGAUCGUGUUGCGAGGUAUGGGCAGCGGGGCGCUUGA